AUGGAGCAGGAGACAGUGGAGGUCGAAGAACAGAUAAUCCACGGGCAGGAUCGGAAGCCCCAGUACCUCAGCCUCACAAAGGAAUGGAAUGAGGAAAGGGAACACCGGAAGCACCGGAGAGUCCGCUCCGGAGAACCGGGCCCGACCCCGUUCAUCGCUCCGCCCCCGCCCCUGCGAGCAGCACGAGGGCAGGAGCAGCGGUCCGCAGGCACCGGGGGUGAAAACACCAGACUUCCCGGCGCGUCCUCGUCCGUCCGGCCCGUCCGCGUCGAACACCGCAGCUCCCCGCACAGGACGCACCGCACAGAGCCCGGCGGCCGCGGCCGCAGCGUCCACACACCCGCUCCCGUGCGGGCUGACACCGAACCGCACACAGAACUCUACAGCCCGGGAGCGACGCACCGAAGAGCCCCGUGUAGACACGGGCAGCGCUACCAGACGGGCAUUUUCCCGCAGAACCUCACGGGCAGAACGACGGAGCGGAGUCGCGGCCAGCGCUGUGCCGUGGUCCCCGCCGGCGCGUUCCGGGGGCUGGGGCCGGGGCCGCACGCAGCAGCGCUCGCAGCACGAGCCGGACCCCAGACGAGCCCCGACUCCACACAGCUCGCGCCCCCGCCCCCCACCCCGUGCCGCCGGCCGCGCCUCCCCGGCCCCGACUCCGGGCUGGAACAGCCUCCGGAACGGCCAUGCUGCCCCCCGGUGGUCCGGAGCUGCCCCCUGGCGGUCAGUGCUGCCCCCCCCCCCCCCGUGGUCCGGAGCUGCCCCCUGGCGGUCAGUGCUGCCCCCUGGCGGUCAGUGCUGCACCCCGGUGGUCCGGAGCUGCCCCCUGGCGCGUCGGGCGCAAGCGCGUCUCCCCGCGCUCCUGUCCCCGCGGAGGGACCGGCACAGGCGGGCUGCCGGGAUGGCCGCAAGGAUCGCCCGCUCCGGGCUCGCGACAAGGAGGCGCAGGAGCGCGGCGGUUUCCGCAGUGAAGGCGCCAGGAUGCACCAGCUGUGGCGGCCGCUCGCGGACCAGGCCGGCGGGUCGGGCCCCAGCGGGCGGAGCUCCCACGUGGACUCGGUUCCCAGCGGCUUUCACCUCAGCGGAUGGCCGGGGCGGCGUGUGGCGGCCGCAGACGACGUCGGGGGCGGGGCUGACGGGCUCCUCGAGGACCCGCCCCCGGCCCCGCCGACGUUCGGGGUCGCCAGGGCCGCAGGGGGGCAGCCGCCUCCGCGCACGGAGCGGGCGGGUCUACGCGUUGCCUGGCAUCGCGGGUGUCAGCGGAGAGCGGUGGCCGGGGUCCUGCGGCGGCGUCUGCGGGAGGGGCUGCAGCCGCCUCCGGGGAAGCCGGGUCGGCCGCCGCCAUCUUGCACUUGCUCCCGGCUGGAGCGCGGGGACGAGGCCGGCGCCGCGGCCGCCGUUGUGCACCCACGAGCCGUCGUCGAAGCCGCUCGUUGUGGUCUGAGGCCAUGCUCGGGGGCGCUCCCCACCGAAGCCGGAGGCGCUCGCUGCGGCCGUGUCCGUCCUGGCGGCCCUGCCGGGCCGGGGCUGUGCCGGCGGACCCUGCGGCUCGUCGUGACCGCGGGAGCAGGAGCCGUCGGGCGCCCUGCGGACAAGGCUGAGUCCUCGCGCUCGCCCCGGGCCGCAGACGCGCCCCGCGGUGGGGCGGGGGAGCACGCGGGCGUCCGCCUCACGGAGGCCGGGGUGCGUGCGGGCGGCCGAAGCACGGGGCGGGGGCGGCGGAGAGCACAGUCCGGGCCACCCGGGCGGUCACUGUCCCCGCCGCCGGGUCUUCUGGGGGCGCCUCUGACCGCGGAAUCACGGCUGUCCCCGUCGGCGGAGCCGCCGCAGCCCAAGGCCGAGAUCCGGGCGUCCCCCGCUCGGCGUUCGGUGCGGCCCCGCUGGCGGCUCGCGGAGGGCCCGUCCUGCAGGGUCCAGCGGCCUCUCCUCCGUGCGGGGGAGAACGAGGUUCUCUCUCCUCCGCUCCCUAGAAAGGUCGCUAAUCCCGUCGGGACGGUCCUGCCUCCUGACGUCAUGGACACCAAAUCGCCCCCAAGGUCCCAGCCUUCAAAUGGGGUCGCCCUGGGGCUAGAAACUCCACACAGGAUUUUGGAGGGAACGCGGCCGUUCCGCCCACGGCACGGACGCGGCGCCGAACGGGACAGAAGUCCCACGAGUUCACCGGAGUCCCCUGGACGGCGCCGGCUCACCGCGGGCGGAGGGCGGCCCUGCAUGUCCCGCGGGCGCGUGGUCGGGCUGUCCUUGCAGCCCAGGAUGCUCGGAGCGAAACGUUCGGCUGAGCGAGACCCGAGACCGAGACCCCGGGUGACCCGGCGUCGCCCCGGGUCGGAAGCGACUGUGCCCCGUGGAGGCCGCGGCGGGGCCAGGCGCGUCGUGCGGCCACAGGGACACGCGGGCUUCUCCGCACCGGACGCGUCGUGCGGCCACAGGGACACGCGGGCUUCUCCGCACCGGACGCGUCAUGCGGCCACAGGGACACGCGGGCUUCUCCGCACCGGACGCGUCGUGCGGCCACAGGGACACGCGGGCUUCUCCGCACCGGACGCGUCGUGCGGCCACACGGACACGCGGGCUUCUCCGCACCGGACGCGUCGUGCGGCCACAGGGACACGCGGGCUUCUCCGCACCGCGAGGAAAGUCCCCCCGACGACAGCCGCGCAAGCGCUCGAGGCAGCUCCUUCCUCUCCUUCUUCGCGCUCAGGGCCCGGCGACUCGCGGGUCAGCCGGUGUCCGAGCGGGGCCGCGGCUGCGGGACACGGCGCGGGGGCGUCCGGGGCGCGACCCACGUCCUCGCCGCUGCGGGCCGACGGCUCUGCCGCUGCCCCCGGGGACGUCCCGGAGGACGCUCUGUGCGUCGCCGGCGCCGCGGUGGCCGGACGGGACGCACGCAGGGAAGGGAGGUCGGAUCGCCGCAGCCCCUCGGCAUCAGCGGAGGGUCCCGCCCUCGGCCCCGCCUGUCCCGGCCCCGGGACUCCUGGUCCCCUCGUCAGGGGCCGCGAGGGAAGACCUUCCUCUGCGGUGGAACAGAAACACCCGCCGGGCGGGACCGCGGCGACGCCCGGACACGCGGCCACACCCGGGGGACGGACAGCCUCGGAGCAGCCACGGCCCCGGGGACGCUCGCCCGGACGCCCCGCUGGACGGAACGUGACCCGCACGACCACGGUCCAAAGUCAGAAACAGCAGGACGUCCAGGCUGGGCACGACCUGCGCAGACACCGACGCCGCGGCCCGCGGGCGCCUGGAACGGAGCCGGACUCCAGCCCCCAGUUGUGCUCCCGAAUCUUCCGUGUUCAGUCCCGCUCACUGCCUGAAGCCCGGUACCUGCCCCGGCGGGUCCUGCUUCUGGACGAGCUCGGGGGCUCCACCGGCUCUGAGCGAGGCUUCUCUUUGACUCCAGCUAAGACCCGUGCCAGCUCCAGAGGCAUCAGCCAGGGUGCGGCGUUCAGCGGCAAGCAGACCCAGUACACGGCUCCGCAAGUGUUCCAGAACGAGGCCAAGGCCAGCGGGGACGCCCCAGCUCCGGGCCGCGAUGUCCUCGGUAACCGUCGGCAGGAACAUGGGACGGAGUCAGUCACCGAGGAGCCUGCCGCUGGCGUGGACGCCCACACGGGAUGGCGUCGCACACUCUGGUGGCCACACAUGGGCAGAAAGCUGUUCCUGUGUGAGCUGCUGAGCAGAUGA